AUGACUCCACCUCAUAAAGAUCACCAUCAGUCAUCAACGAGUAACAAUUCAAAUAUUUUAUUAUUAACAGGACGUGAAAAUUUAUCUUGUGAACAAAUCAUCAAAAAACUUAAUAAUACGAUUGACUUGAAUAUCAGUUACGAAGAAAUUUCUCGUGAUGGGUUAAAAAAAUAUUUAUAUUCUUUGAUUGAACGAAAACAAAUGAAUGGUGAAAAUGAAGAAGAUUCGUUUUUGAUUAAAGAAUCAGUCAAUCAUAUUUAUAUGAACACAUUUUUAGAUUUACUGGAUUGGAUCAAAACAUGUGAGAAUGAAGUUUCUGAUGAUUUAGAAAAAGUUAUUGGUCGUCCUGUUGAAAAUAUAGAUGUUGGUGAUCCCGAAACUUUCUGUCCGGGUGGACCAAGAAAAUUAGUAAUCCAGCUAUUGGAAGAGGAUGAUUAUGAUUAUGAGUUUGAGAAUCAGACGAAGCUGGAAGUGAUGAAGCGAUGGUAA